UCCCCAGACACCCCAUGAUCAAUCUGGUAUUGUUAAGCUUUUAUUACACCUGUUCUAUGGCACGUGCAUGUUAAUGUGCUGUUAAUGAAUCAACGGGGACUUUUUUUAAUAAAAAUGAGGGAAUUUUUAUUUGUCCGCAGCACGAGCUCUUUGUAUAUAGCGCUAAAGCAAGCCAGUCAUUAGAAGAAAGGAUCGAAAGUGGAAGAGCAAGAACUUUAAACAUAAUGUCGGACAUGAAGCCGAUUAAUUCUAUAUUUUGUUCAUUUUUAGUUUGUUUUAUGUUAAAUGUAGUUAGCGGACUCAACGCUAUUCCUAGACAGCCUGUAUCAAAAGAAAAUUGUCAGCCAAUCCUGGAGUAUUAUGAUGAGGGAAUAGGCCGAUGUGCCAGAUGUAAGGCCGAGUACGACUACGCCAGAAACGCAAACGUCAGCAUAAUCAAGGCUUGUGAAAUCUUUGCCACCGCCUGCAUCACCCAUCACUGCCCUUCCCUCUGUGACCCAGAGGUUUCGACUCCAUCAAGGCCCACCGAAGUUCCUUCGACCCAGGCGGAGACGGUGUCUGGGGGACCAGCUGCCUCUGGUCAAAAUAUUACAAUUCCACAGUCCAAAGCAUGUAGUCGGAACGAAAUGUUGACCAUGACUCACGUGUUAAUUUUCUCGGCAGGGUUUUUCGGGGGACUUGUGCUUGCACUUGCAGCUGUAGCCGUGAUAAUCUUUUUGCGGAGAAAAAAAGCAAACGUGUGUGGUCCCAGGUGUCACAGACGCGGCCAUCAGCGGUGUCGUCCUCAGAUCUUAGCAGUGACAACUGACCAUCAAGUCCCCCAGUCUCACGAGAUGACCACACCAAUGAUUCCAGUCAAAGAGCAGACCACGCCCAUGAUGCCAGUCACAGAAAAGAAUGAGUGACAGUGAUGAAUCCAGAUUAUAAAAGGGGAGGGCCCGGCUGUGAUAGGGGAGCAACAUUCCAUAAACCAUUUUGUCUUGUCAUAGCUUCGUCAGCUUGAAAAUCAUGAUUUGAUCCAUAUUAGCUUAUGUUGUUAGUGUCUCCAUUUUUCAAGCAAAGCUAUCCUAGUGUAAAAUCUUUGUGAAAUGUUUUUAUUUCAUGUUGUCUGUGUUGCGGUGGUAUUUAAUCGCAGUGUACAUUUCUAUUCGCAUGUUUUUGUUGAGCUGAUGGGUCAUCCAUUUUCAUCAUUUUCACAAGUCUAUGUAGACUUUUUCAGAUUCCUCUCCCACAGACAGUACAA